UGUGUGUAUCUGUGUGGGCUUGCUUAAUCAUCGUUUUCGAGAGCGGAAGGUGGUCCCGCGCAUGCGUCUGACAAUUUUCGGCCAUAUUGUUAUGACGCAUACAAGAUCAUAGGUCUCCGCCAGUGACGACUCUGCUCACAGUUGACGUGGCUACUACGUACCAUCCCGUUCGCCCACUCCGGACGCAGCAUAGACGGUGACGAGGAAUACGUAACUGGACUUUCCUGUGAACAGCUUUCUUAUCGGAAUCAUAAUACCUAUGAUGUGAAUCUGUUUUGAAACUGAACUAUUCUGACAAGCAAGGCAUACACAGAUUGUUGACCUUGAAUAUUUUAGGUGACCCUAUUGGAAUGGACGGAAUGGUGGAGGAGAAUGGCUCAUCUGGAGGAGCGGGUUCUGGAGAUCCUCUGGGGAACGCGGGCCCCGCCGCGGCCAGCUCCACGCCGCAUGUAGUCGCCGUGACCAGCAUUGUUCAACUUACGCUCCCCUCGCAGGCGCCGUCAGCUCAGGUUCAGUCUGUAAUUCAACCAAAUCAACAGUCUGUUAUACAAACAGCAUCCAAUAUUCAGUCUGUGCAGUUACCAAAAGGAAAUGUCAUUCUUGUAAGCAAACCAAGUUCUGUAAUACAUACCACCCAAGGGACAUUACAAACUUUACAGAUAAAACCAGAACCUAACACAUUAGUAAGCUCUCAAGGACAGUCUUGCAGUGACGAGAGUUGCAGUGAUGAUGAAGGGCCCAAAAGGAAAUACCGGGAAAUGCUGACAAGGCGUCCAUCAUACAGAAAGAUAUUAAAUGAUCUUGGAGGAGCUGAAAUUGCAGAAAAUCGCAUGGGAACUAAACCAGGAUGCGAGAAUGAAGUGUCGCUGUCAUCUCCUUUGUCCUUUGCGCCAGUAAUCCCGGCCGGCGCCCUACAAACGGACGGCGGGCUGCACACACUGGCCGUCUCAGGCACGGGCAGCGGCGGCGCUAUCGUGCAGUACGCGACCAACCAAGACGCUCAGUUUUACGUUCCGGGUCCCAUUCUAGAAGACCAAACGCGAAAACGAGAACUGAGGUUGUUGAAGAAUCGAGAAGCGGCGCGCGAAUGUCGUCGUAAGAAAAAAGAAUACAUCAAAUGCCUGGAGAACAGGGUGGCAGUUCUUGAAAAUCAAAAUAAGGCUCUUAUAGAGGAACUUAAAUCUCUGAAGGAACUAUAUUGUGAGCAGAAGACGGAAUGAGGCCCAGCCGGCUAGCGGAGUGACUGGUCCGUUGGAACGCUGCGGCGCGCGCCGUCCCUGUGCUCAUAAGAUGCUUGGAGUUUGAUUGGUCAUGACCAUCAUUCAUGUUUGGGGGUAUUUGAUAUUUCGCAAAUAAAACUACUUGAUCAAUUGGGUUUAGUAAGUAUUGUUAGUUUAUUAUAAUAAUGUUGAAUUGUUUAUGGUAUGUUUUAUAAUAUUUAUGUUACUGUUUUAACGAUAUCAGUUUGGUUUUGUUUUACAGGAUGAAAUUAUCGUAGUUCAUGUUUUUUAUUGAAUUGUUAAUGUAAACCCUGGUCUUAAUGUAUAGUAAAUUAUAUUGUUGGUAUGGGUUUCUCUACCAUUCCAAAGUGUUAACCUUUUCUAAUAAUUUUAUGCAAUCAUUUUACUAUCCAAGUUUUACUUUGUGCCAUUC